CAACAUGUCCUCCACCUCCAACAUGUCCUCCACCUCCAACAUGUCCUCCACCUCCAACAUGUCCUUCACCUCCUGAAGUGAAACAUGAAACAUGCCUGAAGUGUGCAGCAGGUUGGGAGCAGCCUGCAGGAAGCUGUUAUUAUUUUAACACCAGGAUGUCCUCCUGGACUGACAGCAGACGUUCCUGCGUUGAUCAGGGAGGAGACCUGGUGAAGAUCGACAGCAGAGAGGAGCAGAUGUUUCUGGAAUCUAAACUGAAGGAGAAAAUGAAGAMGUCUCCGGACGCAUUCUGGAUCGGACUGACAGACUCACAGACAGAAGGCCRAUGGUUCUGGGUGGAYGGGUCACCKCURGACCCCAGUUUAAGUUUCUGGUCUGAUGGAGAACCAAACAACUGGGCCGGUCAGAACCCAGCAGGAGAGGACUGUGGGAGGAUGGACAAGAAAGGAAACAGCGUAGAUCUGAAGAGUUGGGAUGAUCAUUCCUGUCAUGUUCAACUCAAAAGUAUCUGUGAGAAACCAGCAGAAACRUUUGAYCAGAUUYACACCAAUCAGACUCUCCAGACCCUGAAACAGGAGAAUGAAGCUSUGAGGAGAAACCUGUCAGAMUCMUCGUGUCUGAAAUGUGGCCCAGGCUGGGAGCUAAACCAAARCAAGUGUUAUUAUUUUAACACCAAGAGAUUCACCUGGACUGAGAGCAGAGGCUCCUGCACUGAYCUGGGAUCAGACCUGGUGAAGAUCGACAGCAGAGAGGAGCAGGCGUUUCUGACGAGAAGAGUGGUGGACAUGAUGCAGUACGACAAUGACAUGUUCUGGAUCGGACUGACGGACUCAGAAGCUGAAGGCAGAUGGUUCUGGGUGGACGGAUCACCUCUGGAGAAAAGGUGUGAGAGAUGUUUGAAGAAGAGACCAGAGUGGGAGAUAUAUCGAGGAAGUCUUUAUUAUUUCUCCACCAAUAAAUCCUCCUGGACUGACAGCAGACGUUCCUGCGUUGGUCAGAAAUCAGACCUGGUGAAGAUCGACAGCAGAGAGGAGCAGAUGUUUCUGGAGAUCAGGGUCAGAGACUUGAUGGAGGACGAUCUAGAGAAGUUCUGGAUCGGACUGACGGACUCAAAGGAAGAAGGCAAAUGGCUCUGGGUGGACGGAUCUCCUCUGAAUAAAAGUUUAAGUUUCUGGAUGCCCUGGGAGCCUGAUAACCUGUACAAAACAGAUCCAGCUGGAGAGGACUGUGGAGGGAUGGGGAAGAAAGGAGGAGCUGAUGAUCUGAUAUGUUGGUUUGAUCAGAACUGUGGUCUUCGCCGGAGAAGCAUCUGUGAGAAAUCAGAUGAAGAUGGCUAUUACGAUGACUAUGACUUUGACGUUGACAAUUCCACUGAAAUUUAA